AUGAGCCUGAACUCUGAAGAAGGUUUGAUGUGCAAAGAUAUAUCGCACUCGUCGCAAUCUAGUGCCCCUUCCCCGGCCCAUCCCCUGAGCCCAUGCCGCUACGAGUGCGUCUCCACGCUCAGGGGGCACUCCUCCUACGUCUCUGGCCUCGCCGUCGACGGCAACUCGCUCUACGUCGCCUCGUCGGACGGACACAUCAGGCUGUGGCCACUGGACAUGGGCAGCACGACCGUGCAACAGGGGGGCUCUGUUGUUGCCGUCACCAAUAGCUCCAUAAAGUGCCUCAUGGCCACCAGCGAUGGUCUUGUCAGCGCCCACCAGGACGGCAAGAUCAGGGUGUGGCAGCACGCCGUCCGGCGGAAAGGCGGGAGCAGCCACCUCGCCCUGCACGGCGUGCUGCCGACCACCGCGGACUGCCUGCGCACGUUCCUGUUCCCCAAGAACUACGUCGACGUCCGGCGGCAGACGAGUCGCACCUGGGUGCACCACGUGGACGCGGUCACCGCGCUCGCGCUGUCCCCGGACGGCGGGUACAUGUACUCCGUGUCCUGGGACCGGAGCCUCAAGGUGUGGCGCCUACCCAGCCUCCGCUGCAUGGAGUCUAUCGCCCCGGCCCACAACGACGCCAUCAACGCCAUCGCCGUGUCGUCGGACGGGCAUGUCUACACCGGGUCGGCCGACCGGACGAUCAAGGCGUGGAUGCGCAACCCGGGGCAGAAGAGGCUCGCGCUGGUCGGCACCAUGGAGCGGCACAGGUCGGCGGUGAACGCGCUGGCGAUGGGCGUCGGCGGGCUGGUUCUCUACUCCGGCUCGUGCGACCGGUCCGUCGUCGUGUGGGAGGGCUUUGACGCCGGAGGCGCGGCGGCCACGAGGACUCUCAGGGGGCACGUCGAGGCGGUGCUGUGCCUGGCCGCCGCCGGCGACGUGGCGUGCAGCGGGUCCGCGGACAGGACGGUGAGGGUGUGGCGGCGGGGAGCGGAGGGCGAGUACUCCUGCUCGGCCGUCCUGGACGGCCAUGGCGCUGCCGUGAAGAGCCUGGCAUUGGUGUUGACGGGAGGCGACCGAUGCAGCGAGCGGGAGGAGAGUUCGCGCGGCGGCUGCUCCGCUCUGGUUUGCAGCGGUUCGUUGGACUGCGACGUGAAGAUCUGGAGGGUGACUUGA